GUGAAAAGUACCUCGACGGAGACAGUGAAGUGCUUUUGCUGCCAGCAAUAGCAUCAAUGGCAUCCGAAAAGCCAUCGCGAAACGAUCUGCCGCAGGUCCUGCUGCUACGACCUCCACCAUCCUUCUACCUCUUCGGCGACCAAUUCUACCUCUCCGACAAAUUCCAACUCCUGAAAGCAUACGAAUCGCCGCUUCCUCUGAGCGAGUUCCUGACCACUCACGCGCAAUCCAUCCGAGCCAUUCUCUCCUCCGGUGGUGCCCCCGUCACCGCCGAAACGAUCCGCCUGAUGCCUGCGCUGCAGCUUGUAGUCACCACUAGUCAGGGCCUCGACCAUAUUGACCUCGGUGAGUGCUGCCGCCGCGGCAUAACCGUUUCUGGUGCUGGUACUAUUUUCUCCGCGGAUUGCGCGGAUUCAGUUGUAGGAUUGUUGCUUGAUGUGAUGAGAAAGAUUUCCGCUGCUAAUCGGUAUGUCAAGCAAGGGCUCUGGGCCGUCAAAGGCGACUACCCCCUUGGUUCCAAGCUGAGUGGCAAACGAGUGGGGAUUGUUGGACUGGGGAGCAUUGGAUCAGAGGUUGCUAAGAGGCUUGAAGCAUUUGGGUGCUCUGUUUCAUACAAUUCAAGGAAGAAAAAACCAGAUGUAUCAUACCCUUUCUAUUCAGAUGUCCGUGAACUUGCAGCUGAUUGUGAUAUCCUCGCAGUUUGCUGUGCUUUAACUGAGGAAACUCACCACUUGAUCAACAAGGAAGUGUUAAAAGCUCUGGGAAAGGAAGGAGUCAUUGUUAAUAUAGCGCGUGGCGCUAUUAUUGAUGAGAAGGAACUGGUGCAGUGUUUGGUGCAAGGAGAGGUUGGGGGUGCUGGUUUGGAUGUGUUUGAGCAUGAACCUGAUGUUCCCAGUGAGCUAUUUGAAUUGGACAAUGUUGUGAUGAAUCCACAUAAUUCUGUCUUCACAUAUGAAUCUUUUCAGGAUCAGCGGAAAGUUGUUGUGGGAAAUCUUGAAGCUUUCUUCUCAAACGAACCCUUGCUAACUCCAGUAAAAAAUGAUUGAAUAAAUUCUCAGGAGGUAUAUAUAUAUAUAUAAUAUCCAUUAAAUAAACACUUCUUUCCCAUGGAAAUAUUUUAUGUCAGAAGUAGUUUUUACUCCAGUAUCUUGUUACUCAAAGCUGUUAUGCAGUCAUAUUGAUUUGUACUUCAAGUAUAUAAUUUAUGGAUAAUCUUUAUAUGGCAUGUUGUGUAUAGAGAUCCGUUUGCUAGUCAAUACAGUCUGACCACUGUU